UAAAAAAAAAAAGAACUUUCGUUCCAACUGGAUUUUUUAGAUCUCUGGUUCACCACGUCAAACAUUUCGACUGAAAUUAGGUGAAGAGUCUUUUCUUAUUUUUGCUAAGUUGCGUGUUCAUGCUCUGGGAAAAUCAAAGCCUGUAAGUCACAAUAUCACGCUACGAAGCCAUUUGGGGGGGGGGGGGGGUUUCCCUGGAUAUCCUUUCAAAACACUUGCAAGCUAUGAUGAGAAAAAAAAAUAUUUUCUAGUAGAAAUAGUAGUCUUUUUGUUUUUAAGAUACACCAUUUAUCAUUAGAUUUGGCGUUAAAAUGUGAUCAAGAAAAAAUACCAUUUAUAGUUCCCUUCUGGCCAGGUGCCAUUAACAAUCCUUCGUCUAUACUUUCGAUAAUUCAGCUGGGCUUCUAUUGCUGUAGUAAAACUUUCUCUCGCUAUUCAGAUUCUAACCGUUUUCAUUUUUAAGGUGUCCCGCCUUUUGAGUCAUUCCUCAUCCUCGUAAAAGAGGUGCUUGGCUGUUUUUGGCGUACGUUUGUUAGCAACUGCGAUUUGCAACAACGCCAAAGGCUUUAUUUAGACAUGUUACGUAACCAGUCGAACGAAAUUAAAAGCUCGUAAUGAAUGACGAUCGAACCUUGAGAAUAAAACACGUGCUGACUCCUCAUUUUUCCCGUUUGUUACCCAAGUUAAUUGUUCGUAAUUUGGCUUCUGAAUGAUCGAAAAGUAAUUUUCCGUUAGAAAUCGUAUGAUACUUUUUGUGUGUAAAAAGGUCUAGCUCACUUUCUCGUAGAGCCUUUUAUCUUUGAUAUAGGUCCCGUGACCUCUUUUGCCGUUGAUAACGAAACUUCACAAGGGAAAACAGAGUGCAGGAAAAUCCUCAGGUUGUCAUAUAAUCUCAACAACACACAUCUGCGGAAAUGGCUUUUAAAAUUUCUCUGUUUUGCUUCCUUAAAAUUUGAAUAUGCUAAAAUAUGUGUUAUCAAUCCUUUAAAAAUUGAUUUUCCUUUCUAGUUGGACGACAUGAAAACGAAAUCGUUUUGCAAUAAAGGCUAUAGAAAAUGUUUUAGGUCCGUCUACAGUUUAACCUCAGUCCUUAUCCUUCAGGCAGGGAAAAGAAGCGAAAGAGUGAGAUAACAUGCGGUUACAGCAGGGACCUACUGUGCCUCUCCUCACGUGUGUGUCGCAGCCCAGUACCGAUUCGGUCGCGACCAGGAGAGAAAGUUGAAUUGAUCCUCAUGGUGAUCUUCCCAGUGAGGCCCAGUUGCUGCCUUCAUGAAUACGUAACGAAAAUUUUCGACCGGGCUCUUCCAGUCGCAGUUUGAACGCAGUCGCGAUUGGAAGGGGACGGAAGCCUUCUACUAUUUUUCAUGCAGUUUAAAAGCCCAAAGGGACAUGAAGAAACCAUGGAACGCUUAGUCAACAGAAGAAUGUUUGUACGGCGCUUGCUUUUGCCACUGUUCUUGCUCAUUUCAUCUGGUCAUUUUAUUGCCUCCAGUCACGCCUUUGUUUGGGGUAAAAAUGAUCCGGAAGGACGGGUGAAAAAUGCCAAAAAAUACCUGACCGAAUACGAUUUUAUUGUUGUGGGAGCUGGAUCGGCCGGAGCGGUGAUUGCUUCGCGAUUGUCCGAGAUCGGAGAUUGGACUGUGCUGUUACUAGAAGCCGGAGGUGAUGAAACAAUUUGGUCGGAUGUACCCGGUGCGGCCAAAUAUCAACAGCUGACUGAAAUGGAUUGGCAAUAUCAAACAGAGCCGCAACCGGGACAGUGUUUGGGUUUGAAGGAGCACAGAUGCAACUGGCCACGAGGAAAAGUGCUGGGAGGUUCGUCCGUCCUCAAUUAUAUGUUGUACGUCCGAGGUAACCGGCGUGAUUACGACAGUUGGGCGGCCAUGGGCAACUACGGAUGGUCAUACAACGAAGUUUUGCCCUACUUUAUCAAAUCGGAGGACAACCGCAAUCCUUACUUUGCCCAGAGCCCGUAUCACGGUGUCGGCGGAUUGCUAACCAUCCAAGAAGCACCUUAUCGCACACCGUUAGCCUCUGCAUUUCUAGAGGCUGGCAUUGAAUUGGGUUACGAGAAUCGGGACUGUAACGGCGAAUACCAGACGGGCUUCAUGAUUCCGCAGGGGACGAUACGACGAGGAAGUCGUUGUUCGACAGCCAAGGCAUUUCUACGCCCGGUCCGUCAUCGUCCGAAUUUGCAUGUGGCUAUGCAAGCUCACGUCCAUCGUAUUCUAAUUGAUGCUCAUCUUCGACGAGCCGAGGGUGUGGUUUUCCAGCGGAAGGGGAAAAUCUACGAAAUUAUAGCUCGUAAAGAAGUGAUCCUGGCAGCUGGGGCUAUCGGCAGUCCUCAUUUGCUGCUUCUCAGUGGCAUCGGAGACGCUCGUCAUUUGCAACAAGUUGGUGUUCCCGUCGUGCAUCAUUUGCCCGGCGUUGGUCGAAACCUUCAAGACCAUAUCUCUGGCCGUGGCAUGGUUUAUUUGAUUAAUGAAACAAUAUCGCUGGUUGAACCUCGAUUUUUCAAUCUGCCAUCUUUGAUCAAAUACAAACAGUCACUAGAUGGCCCGUGGACCGCCCUCAGCGGUACUGAGGGACUUGCCUGGGUCAAUACCAAAUAUGCUGACCCAAAUGACGAUUUCCCCGACAUGCAACUGCAGUUUAUCGCCGGUUCACCAAUCUCAGAUGGCGGCAAGACAUUGCGACAUAACGAUGGCAUACGGGAUGAUAUUUGGGACGAUUAUUACGAACCCAUUUCGUUGGAAGACAGUUGGCAACCCAUACCAAUAGUGCUGCGACCCAGAUCUAAAGGCUAUCUGCUCCUUCAAUCAGAUGACCCCUACGAUAAGCCGUUAAUUUACGCUAAUUACUUUCAAGACGAAUACGAUUUGAAAGUGAUGAUUGAAGGCAUGAAAAUCGGACUAGCACUAAGUCAAACGGCCGCCUUCCAACGUUUCGGAUCGCGUUUCUACGACAAACCGUUCCCUGGAUGCGAACAUUUGCCGUUAUUUACGGAUGAUUACUGGGGAUGUUUCUUACGCCAUUAUUCAACCACACUUUACCAUCAAGCUGGCACCUGCAAGAUGGGGAAUAGCUCAGAUCCUAUGGCUGUAGUUGAUCCUGAACUACGCGUUUACGGGAUAGCAGGAUUACGCGUUGUGGACGCUUCCAUUAUGCCAAACGUCGUUUCGGGAAAUACCAACGCCCCAGUCAUCAUGAUAGCGGAGAAAGCUGCUGAUCUCAUCAAGCGUUCGUGGCUAGGCUAUGCAGGAUGACGAUUGCCACCUAACAAGGAAAUCUUGGGAAA